AUGCUGCCGUACCUGUUCCCCGAUCUGUCCACCUUUACUACAGUCGCCGAUCUUAUCACCCACCUUCGCACUAGUGAUGCUCGCCUGCGUGCCGCCCUUCCCACCGAGUUCUGCGCUAAGAACCCCCCUCCACUGUACUGGACACUCCACUUCAUAGUCACCCGUCUCCCUGACACCCUCCGCUCAGUUCGAGACCACUUCCUUGCUCGCUGUCCCACUGAGCUCACAGUCGCCCUCCUAGAGGAGCAGCUGCUCGCGGCCGAAAAGAGCAUUGUAGCUGUUGGUGCUGCUCGUGGCGCUCCUCGCACCCCCAUCUUUGAGGGGUGUUCUCCCUCUCCCCUCGCUCCCUCCUACGCUGCUGCUGCUGCUGUUGACUUCCUUGGUGCUGAUGGCCGCUGUUCUUAUGUCAUUCGCACAGGUGACCGCAAGGGACAGACGUGUGGGAGGUUCCACACCCCGUACCGCUGCUUCUCCCGCCUUGACGACGCUUGGCGUGAGGAGAUGGGCGCGGAUGUUGAGCGCCCCCGCUGGGCUGAGCUCAUGAGGGCUGGUGUUGAUGUCUUUGCUCUUGACUAUGAUGCUAUUAUUGCUGCCAUGUAUGCAUUGACUGUUAGUGCCGAGGGAGACUGUUACUUGUGUGUGCCGCCUGACCCAGGUAUAGAGCCCGCUGCCCUGGGUACUAGUGAGUCUGCUCUCUCUGGUAUGGUGCCCCCUGUACUUGCUCCCCCCAGUGCUGUCCUGGCUGGUUUCGAGUCUGCUCUCUCAGGUACAGCACCCACAGAGACUGCUCUCUCAGGUACCGCACCGGCUGAGGCCUGUCACACCUUCACCCUUGACUCAGUCCUUGCCCAGUCCACCACUGUCCUCCCUUGUCCGGCGGUUCCGUCUGGCUCGUUGUCGGGUUUCCACCUCCCCUCGUUCUCGACGAACCUGACCCUCCACCUGGACGUGUGGGGCCCAGCCCGCGUUCGUGGUCAGGGCGGUGAGCGGUACUUUUUGCUGGUUGUCGACGACUACUCGCGUUACACCACGGUCUUCCCCUUGCGCACCAAGGGUGAGGUCCCUGCUGUUCUGAUCCCUUGGAUCCGCACGGUUCGUCUCCAGCUCCGCCGCCGUUUCCGGACGGAUCUUCCUGUCCUGCGUCUGCACUCUGACAGAGGUGGUGAGUUUUCCUCCGAUCUCUUGAGGACCUUCUGUCAGGCGGAGGGCAUCGAGCAGACCUUCACGCUUCCGGACUCCCCACAGCAGAAUGGGGUUGCUGAGCGCCGCAUUGGCCUGGUCAUGGAGGUCGCUCGUACCUCCUUGGUCCACGCGGCGGCUCCCCAUUUUCUGUGGCCGUUUGCUGUCCGGUACGCCGCGCAUCAGCUCAACCUCUGGCCCCGUGUCUCCUUGCCGGAGACCUCGCCCACACUGCGUUGGACGGGGGAGGUUGGCGAUGCGUCGCGCUUCCGGGUGUGGGGUGCUCGUGCCCUUGUCCGCGAUACGUCUGCGGACAAGCUCUCCUCCCGCACGCUUCCCUGUGUCUUCCUUGGCUUUGUCCCUGACGCGCCUGGCUAUUCUGAAACAAAGUUGGUCCUAUCACAUGCGUUAUAG